AUGGGACAAGCAGCUUCGAGCAACAGAAGAGGAAAAAGAGGAUCGAAGAAAUGCGUCAAGGCGAAUUUUAACUGCAUCAAGGGUGGAAACAAAAUGCCAGUGUCAGGUGGAGGCGAUAUUUGUAAUGAAUCCUGUGUGGGACAUCGCGAGCAUACACCACUUCCCCUCACCGAUCAUUACAAAUCCAUCAAAACGGUCAUGUGUGAUUGCGCAAGAGGGCCUCCCACUGAAGGCGACACUAACGAGGCACUCGUUGACACCAUUAGCCCAUAUUGUGUCCAAUCCAGAGUGAAGGCUGUCGGAUCAGGCGUCUUGACCACUGACCAUGUCUAUGACGAGGUCUACGAAUCAAGCAGCCACAUCUACGAUGAAGUGUAUGACUCGAAUAGCCUAAGCAGUGUGGAGCGUGUGUAUGAUAACCUGUACGAAUCGAACUGCCUGAGCUGUCACUCCUACCAUUCGCAAGUCGGAGGAAUCGACGCUGACUCUCCCAGGUCGAAUGUCAGAGCCACGAGGCACACGGAUCGGUCACCACCCGAAGCCUACUGGGACCAUGUCAGUCACGAGUAA